UGUGUGUGUGUGAAGGCCCUCUUGCUGUGUGCUCCUGUAACUCAACAUUACAAGUUCAUUGUGAGCCGCUCAGUGACACGGCACAGUCUGUGACGAUAAAAAGAGGGACGAGCAGGAGGAACACAAGUGUUUAAGGUCGGACAGCGGUUGAACAUUAGAUGGUGGAUGCGCCUCUGAGAUACUUAACACGGCUGGAACUAUCUAUCCAACUCCUGAGGGAUCUGGUGAAGAAUGGAGUGGUAUUUCCUGGUGCUGAUGCUGAGCUUGCCGCCCUCCAUCCACGCAGAUUGCUCUUCCCAGUGUCAGAAAUGCGCGCAGGAGAUCCUCAGCUCCGACGCCGCCUUCAGCAGCCUGUCGUGCAGCGCGGAGUGUGAGGGGCAGCUGGAGAGCUGCAGCCGGGAUCCGGCGCUGGCGGACUUUAGCCAGGACGAGGCUGCGACGGAGGAGGAGAGCCAGCAGGCGGACUUGGUCAAACGCUACGGAGGCUUCAUCAAGAGGAUCGACAAGAACAAGAACAAAAUCUUCACCAAUCCGUGGCGCGAAAACUACAUCACGAAAGUAGGGGGUCUGCCCAAAAAGUACGAGGACUUGUUGAAGAGGCUGGAAGAGAGAGAGGCGCUGGAGGACGCGGAUGACGCUCCGGAGGAUCAGAUGCUUCACAAUUACGUGAAACGUUACGGCGGCUUUUUACGCAAAUUCGGCCAAAAGUCAAAGAGGAGUAGCUCCGCGGAGCAGGAGAGCCAGGAGCCCGAGGAGCUGCAGAAGCGCUACGGAGGCUUCAUGCGGAGAGUCCGGCCAAAGUUGAACAACCUGAAGUGGGACAAGAGGUACGGAGGCUUUCUGCGCCGACACUUCAAAAUCUCAGUGCGCUCAGCGGAGGAGCCGUAUUACUCCUACGAUGACAUGAGCCUAUAGACGAACCUGCAGGACGAGAAAAACUCAACAUGAACUGAUGCAGGUUCACUUCCAAUGCCAACAUUUAUCCAAAAAGUCUCAUAUGCCUGCCUCCUGCUUCUAUCGGCUGCCUUCUGUGUAAAAAAAACUCCAUCUCUGUGUUUCUGACACCCCGUCUGUCACUCAAUAAAGGAUGCUUGUUUAAUAAAACCA